GUUUUCUCUGCUUUCUCACUUUUUCCCGUUUCCUUUGGGAAUACAAACGGCGGCUUCUCAAAAGCCUCCGAUUUCGUUUUUUUUUUUCUUUCUUUUUUUCCUCUUUUUGUUGUUGUUCUUCUUCUUCUCCGGCUUCGUCCGUCGGAAUCACAAACCGGAACUAAGAAUCAGAGGUUUUGGUCUGUGCACUGUUUCAAUUGGAUCAUUACGAAGCAAGAUCCUCUGUUCGACGAAACAAGAGACUCUUUAGUAUGGAAGACGAUUAUGAGGAGCUUCAGGUCCCCGAGGCAACUCUAACCUCAAUAGGUUUUAGCAUUUCAAAUAACACUGAUCGAGAAAAAAUGGCUGUCUUAAAGAUUGAAUCAGCGAAUAUGGUGACUGAUUCUCGGCUAGGGCUACCAAAUCCGGAUGCUAUCUGCAGAACCUGUGGCAGCAAAGAUCGAAAAGUCUGCGAAGGGCAUUUUGGGGUUGUAAACUUCCAGUACGCGAUAAUUAACCCGUACUUCCUCAAGGAGAUAGCUGCAUUGCUAAACAAAAUAUGUCCGGGCUGUAAAUACAUUAAGAAAAAGCAGUUUCAGAUUAAUGGAGAGCAGCCUCAUAGAUGUAGAUAUUGCACUACGAAUACCAGUUAUCCUCCAGUGAAGUUUAGGGUAACUACUAAAGAAGUCUUUAGGCGAUCGGGAAUCGUUGUCGAAGUAAACGAAGAGAGUCUGAUAAAACUCAAGAAACAGGGAACGAAAACAUUGCCGCUUGACUAUUGGAGUUUUGUGCCAAAAGACUCCAAUAUUGACGAGAGCUGUCUGAAAGAAACCAAACGUAUCCUAACACAUGCACAGGUUUAUGCUCUGUUAUAUGGGAUUGAUGAGAGGCUCAUCAAGAAGGAUAUCCCCAUGUUCGACUCUCUUAGUCUGGCAUCUUUUCCUGUUACACCAAAUGGUUACCGUGUAACCGAAAUCGUCCAUCAAUCCAACGGAGCUCGACUAGUAUUUGAUGAACGGACUCGGAUCUACAAGAGACUAGUCGGCUUCGAGGGAAACACACUUGAGUUGAGUUCUCGUGUGGUCGAAUGCAUGCAGUAUUCCAGACUCUUUUCGGAAACUGUGUCUUCGAGUCAAGAUUCUGCUAAUCCAUACCAAAAGAAACCAGACACUCCUAAACUAUGCGGUCUAAGGUUCAUGAAAGAUGUGCUGCUCGGUAAAAGAAGCGAUCAUACAUUCAGGGCAAUAGUUGUUGGUGAUCCGGCCUUGAAGCUUCACGAGAUUGGCAUACCCCAGACGAUCGCAGAAAGGAUUCAAGUAUCAGAGAUUCUUAACGACUGGAAUAUGGAACGGCUUUCCGCUUUUGUUUUGCACAAGCUAAUCGCGUUAAGGAAGAGGGAGGUGCAUGUGAGAAGAGGAGAUAGCUUGGUGGCUAUUCGACAAAUCAAGGACCUCCAAACCGGAGACAAAAUCUCCAGGACUUUGAUGGAUGGAGACACAGUGCUGAUGAACAGACCGCCUUCGAUUCAUCAGCAUUCGCUCAUUGCAAUGUCAGUUAAACUACUCCCAACGACUUCUGUUGUCUCCUUAAAUCCGAUCUGCUGUAACCCGUUUCGUGGUGAUUUUGAUGGAGAUUGUCUUCACGGUUAUAUUCCUCAGUCAGUUCAAGCAAAGGUCGAGCUUGAUGAGCUUGUGGCUUUGGAUAAGCAGCAUAUCAACCGACAGAAUGGUCGGAAUUUGCUUUCUCUUGGACAAGAUAGCUUGACGGGAGCUUAUCUGGUUAAUGUUGAGAAAAAUUGUUAUCUGAAUCGAGCUCAGAUCCAGCAGCUUCAAAUGUACUGCCCAUUUCAGCUUCCUCCGCCUGCGAUAAUCCAAGCUUCUCCUUCGAGCACUGAGCCUCAAUGGACAGGAAUGCAGUUAUUCGGAAUGCUUUUUCCUCCUGGGUUUGACUACACUCACCCUCUGAAUGAUGUGGUUGUGAGUAAUGGAGAGCUUUUAGCGUCCUCUGAAGGAUCAGCUUGGCUUCGGGAUGGAGAAGGGAAUUUUAUCCAGAGGUUGCUCAAACACGACCAAGGGAAAGUUCUUGAAAUCAUCCAUUCCGCUCAAGAGAUGCUAUCUCAGUGGUUGCUGAUGCGCGGACUGAGUGUGUCCUUGGCGGAUUUAUACCUUUCUUCUGAUCCGCAGUCUCGGGAAAACUUGACUGAAGAGAUUGCAUACGGAUUGCUGGAAGCUGAACAAGUCUGCAACAAGCAACAGCUAAUGGUGGAAUCUUGGAGAGAUUUUCUUGCAGUUAAUGGGGAGGAAAAGGACGAGGAAGAGGAUUCAUUUUCAGAUUUGGCUCGGUUCUGCUAUGAGAGACAAAAAUCCGCUACAUUAAGCAGAAUUGCAGUUAGUGCUUUUAAGGACGCUUACAGAGAUAUUCAGGCACUGGCAUAUAGGUAUGGCGACCAAUCCAACUCUUUUUUGAUCAUGUCAAAAGCCGGUAGCAAAGGGAAUAUCGGGAAGCUGGUUCAACACAGCAUGUGUAUCGGUCUGCAGAAUUCGGCAGUUGCUUUGUCCUUUGGGUUUCCGCGCAAGCUGACUUGUGCUGCUUGGAACGACCCGAACAGUCCACUUCGCAGUGCAAAGGGAGCAGACAAAACCGCUACUGAGUCAUAUGUUCCUUAUGGAGUCAUUGAGAACUCGUUUCUUACGGGUCUGAAUCCGUUGGAGUCUUUUGUUCAUUCGGUUACUAGUCGUGACAGCUCAUUCAGCGGUAAUGCUGAUCUCCCAGGGACACUGAGCAGAAGAUUAAUGUUCUUCAUGCGGGACAUAUAUGCUGCUUAUGAUGGCACAGUGAGAAAUUCUUUUGGGAACCAGGUAGUCCAGUUUACUUAUGAGACUGAUGGUCCCGUUGAAGAAAUCACUGGUGAAGCACUUGGGUCACUUUCUGCUUGUGCAUUAUCUGAGGCAGCUUACAGCGCGCUGGACCAGCCAGUCAGCCUUCUUGAAACUUCCCCGCUUCUAAAUCUUAAGAAUAUCUUGGAGUGUGGAUCAAAGAAAGGUCAACGAGAACAGACGAUAUCUUUGUAUUUGUCUGAAACCCUUUCAAAGAAAAAGCACGGGUUCGAAUACGGGUCACUGGAGAUCAAGAACUACUUGGAGAAACUUAGUUUCUCAGAGAUUGUUUCAACAUCUAUGAUAAUAUUCUCUCCACGCACUAACUCGAAAGCACCAUUAAGCCCGUGGGUUUGCCAUUUUCAUAUCUCUGAGAAAGUACUGAAGCGGAAACAACUUAACGCAGAAUCUGUUGUUUCCUCAUUAAACGAGCACUACUCGAGCAGGAACAGAGAACUGAAGCUUGAUCUAGUUGAUUUGGAUAUACAAUGCACAAACCACUGCCCUUCAGACGAUAAGGCGAUGACGGAUGAUAGCUUUUGCAUCACGGUGACUGUAAUCGAAGCCUCAAAACCGUUGGACCUGGAUGCUGUUCGUCUCAUUUUGAUCCCUUUUCUUCUUGACUCUCCUGUCAAAGGUUACCAAGAGAUCAAGAAGGUUGAUAUAUUGUGGACCGACCGUCCAAAAGCGCCUAAAAUGUACGGGAAUCAUUUGGCGGGUGAGCUUUACUUGAGGGUUACAAUGAAUGGAGAUCGGGGAAAAAGAAACUGUUGGAGCUCUCUCGUAGAAACCUGUCUUCCCAUUAUGGACAUGAUCGACUGGAGCCGAAGCCACCCUGAUAAUAUCCGACAAUGCUGCUCGGUUUAUGGAAUAGACGCUGGACGGAGCAUUUUUGUAGCAAAUUUGGAGUCCGCGGUGUCAGAUACCGGUAAGACGAUACUAAGAGAACAUCUGCUUCUCGCAGCUGAUAGUCUCUCUAUUACCGGAGAAUUUGUGGCAUUAAACGCCAAAGGUUGGAGUAAACAAAGACAGGUCGAGUCCACGCCUGCACCUUUUACUCAAGCAUGUUUCUCGAGCCCAAGCCAAUGCUUUCUUAAAGCUGCUAAGGAAGGUGUCGUAGAUCAGCUGCAAGGGUCUAUUGACACCUUAGCUUGGGGAAAAGUUCCUGGUUUUGGAACUGGAGAUCAGUUUGACAUCAUCAUUUCGCCAAAGGUUCAUGGGUUUACUACACCAGUAGAUGUGUAUGAACUUCUGAGUAGCAUACCCCCAAAGACAGUGACGAAGCGCGCAACAAGCUCUGCGCCCAAAUCAGACAAAUUCAAGGUCCAGCCAUUCGACAUGCUUGAUACCGCAUUCCCUAAAGCUUUCAAGGCACUCAAUGGGAAAGGGAUUUCUCUGUUCCAGCUUAGAACGAUGUUUACAUGGGAGGACGUUGAGAAUCUUUCCCGGUCAUUGAAACACAUACUCAACAAUUACGAAGUCAAUGCUCCCUUGAGUGAGAGUGAUGAGAAUUUUGUCAGCAUGGUUCUGUGCUUCCACCCCAACAGAGCCGAGAAAAUUGGACCAGGCUUCCAAGGAAUCCGGGUCGGUAACUCGAAGCACGGAGAUUCCCGUUGCUUUGAGGUUGUAAGAAUAGACGAUACAACAGAAGACUUUUCGUAUCACAAGUGUGUAUUGGGAGCAACAAAGAUCAUUGCCCCAGGGAGAAUGAACUUCUACAAGUCAAAGUAUCUUAAAAAUGGUACAGUCCAGCCCGUUGCUCUCUAAAACACCCGUAAAGAAGCAAAAGACAGGGUCUUAUGUCGAUAUUAUAUAAAGUUGGAACAAUGCAAAAUGUAGGAAAGUGUGUGUGUGUGAUUAGAUAGAGAUAUUAGGGGAAAAGCCUUUUGGCUUUGCUCUAAGCUUCUUUUUGCUCCUUUCACUAUGUAAUACCUUUGCCUUCAACCUUAAAAAGGCUUAAAGGUUAAUUACGUAGUGGAAGCAGCAACGAGAAGCUGGCAAAGGAGGCUUCUGUUCUGUUUCUGUUUCUCUGUUUGUGUAAACCAUGAAAUAUCCGGUUUGACUAUGAUAUAUCCGGUUAUGUUUCUGUUCAAUCUUUACCCGGUUUAGAUCGGUCUUCAUAAAAUUGCUUUAUAAUC